UUCCUGAGAGACGAGAUCUACUGCCAGUCAUCAAAACAGACCACUAAACAACACUCACAGGCAGAGCUGUACCCGAGGUUGGCGUUUAUUGAACCUGGUAACAGGGUUCUUCCCCUGUUCUGGCACUCUCUAUCCCUACGUCACACAACUCUUACAAAACAUCAGCCAAGACCCCUCACACCCUUACCAAGAGCUGUCUCAAUACUGUAAGGAGAACCUGUUCCGGUCUCUGAUCCAUGGAGGUCGCAGACACAUCCCCUCUCAAGUAGAGAUGGAAGCUAUACUGGCUGGCAGAAGCUCUCGCCGGUUCCCCAUCAAGCUGCCAGGUGGAGUAGACUUCCCCUGUAAGAUACGCAGCUUUAGCGUGGCUCUGGAGGUGGUGGAAGAGCUGUGUACAGAGAUGGGCAUCCAGGACCUGGUAGAAGUCAACGAGUUCUCUAUCCAUGCCAGCCGGGACCAGGAGGGGAUGGUGCGGCCAAUCCACCCGGAUGAGUACCUGUUUGACUUCCUUUUGGAUGACGGCUCCAUCUUCCUGUCCUUCCACCGCGUCAUGUGGACACACCCCCUUCACUUCGACAAUGACCUGUACCUGGAGUUCCACUUCCAACAGGUCCUGGGUGAUUACCUGGAUGGCAAACUGCUGCUGCCAAGCGGUGGUGCCAACACUGUCCAGCAGAUGGCAGAGCUGGCUGUCCUGCAGCAUCUGGCACAGGGUCUUACUCAAGAGCCCUCUGUGCCUGAACUGAAGGAGUACCUCCCCCGACAGGAAGGGGGCAGCACCAACCUGGAGCAGAUCCACUCUAUCUCUCUCAGAGACAGAACCACCAUGCUGUCCCUCAGCCCCCACGACGCCAAAGCACGCUUCCUCGAGUGCCUGAGCUCCCUACCUCUGUUCGGCUCUAAUAUCUUCCUGGCUCAGAAGGUCAGCCAUCGCAGUUGCCCCUCGCCCUGCCUGGUGGCUGUCAACCAAGAGGAAGUGUUGUUCUGCCAUCCCAAAACACAGGAGCGGGCGUUUGUGAUCCCGUUGGUGGAAGUGCAGUCACUGAGCUUGGUCAAACCCAAGCAAGACAAGAAGGUGCCAGGAGUGGAGAUCAAAUACGGCAACCCAGGACGCCCAAAAAACAUCACCGUCCACCUCAAACAGGCUAAGGAGUUGUGCCACAUCGUUGCUGUCAUUAUGGAGAAGCUGGUACAACCACCCAUCAAUAGUUCUGUCUCUAGCCGCAACUAGUAGCCGCACGCACACAGACACACACACACAAACA